UUUUUACGCUUAUCCCCUUCCCCCACAACUACGCUUUCCUACGCUUUUCAAGUAUCUUGUCUUCAAAACGUUAAUGUAAAAAUUUAACGUACAAAUAAAUGUUGUGACAUUUAAAAAUCAAUAAAUGAGACAAUUACCAGUGCUUAUCGUAUGAAAUGGGCGGUAAUUAUACACUUAAUCGAUGAAUAUUCAUGAGAUUCUCACACGUGUACACAAAUGUAAUAACAGGCGACAAUAACAAAUAUGGCGGCCUCCGGCAGGCCGAGUGUAUGGGAUGUUUAGGAACCAAUUGUGUCUGGACCAGCUCUUCAAAAUAUACCAGACGACGAAAGUAUUGAAGGUGAGGAUAACGGGAAUGUAUCUGAUAUAGAUGAACCGUUGGUUAGCGAGGAGGAAGAUGAUAUUGAUGAUGAAAUCGUGUAGGAUCUGGUGGAUGGAAAUAAAUUUAUGAUACUGGCAUGAAUGAGAUAAUAUGGAGCGAGGCCAAUCAAGAUAUAUAAAUGUUCGACAGUAUAACGAACGUACCGGACCUCAAGUAUUAUUGAAUGCUGAUGUUAGUGAACUGGCACAGACAUGAUUAGUAAACAUGCCCAAGAGACCAAUCUAAACAUGCUAAAUGCAACACGCAAACAGCAGCUAGCCGGACGAAAUGACACAAACUUGGAAGGAAACAGAUUUUGCUGAAAUGUCUGCAUAUUUAGGAAUCCUAAUUCUAAUGGGGUUUAUACAAGUUCUGGACUACAAGUUGUUAUGGUCGACAAAUAAAUUCCUUGCUAAUGGAGGUGUAAAAUAUGUCAUGUCUGUAAAAAGAUAUGAAAAGCUGACACAGUAUUUACAUGUGAAUGAGCCAGAGGCGGAUUCUACUGACAAACUUGCCAGAGUUAGGCCUCUAUUAGACUCUGUUCUUAAAAGAUGUGAAGUACUGAAGUAG